CCACUCCUCAAUACUCGGUCUAGAUAUACUAUGUCUAUGGUAUGAAUAAACAAGCGAUAUAUCCAACAUGGCAGUUCCCCCGGUUUCAUUAAAUACGCGAAAUAAAAAGCACUUUUUGGGUGUACCGGCACCUUUGGGAUAUGUUGCUGGUGUUGGAAGAGGAGCUACAGGAUUUACAACACGGUCUGAUAUCGGUCCCGCUCGAGAUGCUAAUGACGUUUCAGACGAUAGACACGCUCCACCCACGAAACGUGCAAAGAAGAAGGAAGAAGAGGAAGAAGAUGAAGAAGAUUUAAAUGAUAACAAUUACGAUGAAUUUUCAGGAUAUGGAGGUUCCCUAUUUAGUAAAGAUCCUUACGAUAAAGAUGACGAAGAAGCAGAUGCAAUUUAUGAAGCUAUCGAUAAACGUAUGGAUGAGAAACGUAAGGAAUACAGAGAAAAACGUCUCAGGGAAGAAUUGGAACGCUAUCGUCAAGAACGUCCUAAAAUUCAGCAGCAGUUCUCAGACUUGAAAAGAGAAUUGGUUAAUGUGUCAGAAGACGAAUGGAAAAAUAUUCCUGAAGUAGGAGAUGCUAGAAAUCGUAAACAGCGUAAUCCAAGAGCGGAAAAAUUUACCCCAUUACCAGAUUCUGUCUUAGCGAGGAAUUUAGGUGGUGAAACAUCCACUAGUAUUGAUCCGACUAGCAGUUUGGCCUCUAUGAUGCCAGGUGUGGCAACACCAGGUAUGCUAACUCCCACAGGGGAUCUUGACCUCAGGAAGAUUGGACAGGCCAGAAAUACAUUGAUGAACGUCAAACUGAAUCAAGUUUCUGAUUCUGUGGAGGGCCAAACUGUAGUUGAUCCAAAAGGAUACCUUACAGAUUUGCAAAGCAUGAUACCUACUUAUGGCGGUGACAUAAAUGACAUAAAAAAAGCCAGAUUAUUGUUGAAAUCCGUCAGAGAGACUAAUCCUAACCAUCCCCCUGCAUGGAUCGCGUCUGCGCGUUUAGAAGAAGUGACAGGAAAAGUUCAAGCGGCAAGAAAUUUAAUAAUGAAAGGUUGUGAGGUAAAUCCCACUUCUGAGGAUCUGUGGUUGGAAGCUGCGAGACUGCAGCCGCCGGAUACGGCGAAGGCGGUGAUAGCACAAUCAGUGCGACACAUUCCAACAUCUGUCAGAAUCUGGAUAAAGGCCGCGGAUUUGGAGAUGGAGAUGAAAGCGAAAAGAAGAGUGUAUCGAAAGGCCCUGGAACAUAUCCCGAAUUCAGUGCGAUUAUGGAAAGCCGCCGUCGAAUUGGAGGAGCCCGAGGACGCACGUAUCUUGCUCAGUCGUGCGGUUGAAUGUUGUCCGACUAGUGUAGAUUUAUGGCUCGCUCUCGCUAGAUUAGAAACCUACGAUAAUGCGAGAAAAGUCUUGAACAAGGCCCGAGAGAAUAUCCCGACAGAUAGACAAAUUUGGACUACCGCCGCGAAAUUGGAAGAGGCAAAUGGCAAUAAGCACAUGGUAGAGAAGAUCAUCGAUCGCGCUAUAUCCUCGUUGAGUGCGAACGGGGUAGAGAUCAACAGGGACCUGUGUCCUCUCCUUUUUGUUUCAGUGCAGAAACGGCGCGUGACGCUCGAGCCCAGUGCCCAUCGAUAA